ACAGAGUUCGUGGAACUGGGUCGUCCCGGCUCCCAAAGGGGACAUUUCACCUUAAAAAAAACAACUUGUAUUUGCAAGUUUCCACAAUGAGCGUAUAUUACUUUUGAAAUGUUAUUUGUACGUCUGUUUAACUACAUAAAAGUCAGAAAGAAACCCGAGAGCCAGUUACCCCAGCAACCCACCAACCUGCGCAGGGUGAAGUCCACCCUGCCCCGCGCCUUGGACAGAGGGACCCGGAAGCUGCGCCCUACUGAGUCUCCGGAAAAUUCCGAAGCCAUUUCCGAAGCGGCACCGGCCGGCGCUGCCCGAGGCGCUGCGUUUCGGAGCGUGCGCAGAAGGCGUCGUUUGCGCAUGCUCCGUGGCGGUCCUGGCCGGAGGACUCGCGCCAGCGCGGCGCAGCCCCCUAGUCCGGCCCGACGGGGGCCAUGGCGGCAAGCCUGUGGAUGGGCGACCUGGAGCCCUACAUGGAUGAGAACUUCAUCUCCAGAGCCUUUGCCACCAUGGGGGAGACCGUGAUGAGCGUCAAAAUUAUCCGAAACCGCCUCACUGGGAUCCCAGCUGGUUACUGUUUUGUAGAAUUUGCAGAUUUGGCCACAGCCGAGAAGUGUUUGCAUAAAAUUAAUGGGAAACCCCUUCCAGGAGCCACACCUGCAAAACGUUUUAAACUGAACUAUGCUACUUAUGGGAAACAACCAGAUAACAGCCCUGAGUACUCCCUCUUUGUGGGGGACCUGACCCCAGACGUGGAUGACGGCAUGCUGUAUGAAUUCUUUGUCAAAGUCUACCCCUCCUGCCGGGGAGGCAAGGUGGUUUUGGACCAGACAGGCGUGUCUAAGGGCUAUGGUUUUGUGAAGUUCACAGAUGAACUGGAACAGAAGCGAGCCCUGACAGAGUGCCAGGGAGCAGUAGGACUGGGAUCUAAACCAGUGCGGCUGAGUGUGGCAAUCCCUAAAGCUAGUCGUGUGAAGCCCGUGGAAUACAGUCAGAUGUACAGUUACAGCUACAACCAGUAUUACCAGCAGUACCAGAACUACUAUGCUCAGUGGGGCUAUGACCAGAAUACAGGCAGCUACAGCUACAGUUAUCCCCAGUAUGGCUAUACCCAGAGCACCAUGCAGACCCCAUGCCACAGCUGGAUGUGACCGAGGCCAACAAGGAGUUCAUGGAGCAGAGUGAGGAGCUGUAUGAUGCACUGAUGGAUUGUCACUGGCAGCCCCUGGACACAGUGUCUUCAGAGAUCCCUGCUGUGAUGUAGCCAAGACAAAGGACAGGCCAGAAUGGAGGACUAUGUGAGGGAGAAAAGACUUCUUUAAAAACAACUCAAGAACUUUCACCUUUUGGGAAAUGUUUUAUACGAUUUUAAUAAUCAACUUUCAUGAGAUUAUGAAUAUUAGUGCAACACUGCUGCCUUUAUUUGAUAGCCCUUUGAGUUUGAAAACCAAGGGACCAACUUGAAGAGGGUUGAACAAGGUUCCCAUGUGUCUUCAAACAAUCAUUUAUCCAGUAGUUAUCUGAACUCCUGGAGGUAACAGUUUGGAUUUUUUAUGGUUUUAAAAAUCUAAAAAGGGGAGAGGGAGAAACAUUGGUUACCUCCUGUUGACACCCUGAUCUGGACUGAAGCCAUAACCUGGGCAUGUGCCCUACCUGGGAAUUGAACCUGUGACACAGGAGGACACUCAACCAAGCCAGACAAGCCAAGGCUGGAAUUACUAACCAAAGUAGAAUUACAAAUGAUAUGAAUCAGUUUAGCCAGGGACCCUUCUCAGGUGACACCUAAGUCCUUUUAAUUCUCUGGGAUCUGAAUAUAUGGAUUACCUGCUAUAUAAAAUGAGCAAUUUCUGCCUGCCA